AUGGCAUCCAAAGCUGACGCUCCUUCUGCCCAGUCCAAGACCUUCCAAGUUCUCAGCCAGAUUGAUGGGCAAUUCUGCAACGACGAGGUUGUCGUUCGUCUGAUUCAUUUCUGGGAAGCCCGCAAUUUCAAGAAAGGAAACAUCCUGAUGGGUCUCGAGCUCCUCCUCCUUGACGCCGAGCCAAGAUUCUUGAGAUCGAAGAGGUUUCUCAAGAUGCAGCGUACUGGAUCCGGAGGAUCCCUCCUCGGCUGUGGGCUACAGCGUACUUCGAAGGGCAACGGUUUGGUCACUGCAAAUAUAGUCGAGUCGCUGAACUCGUGGAUCGCUGAAGCGUCUGGACUUCCGAUUAUUCAGAUGAUGGAAUGUAUUAGGAGACAGUUGAUGACUUGGUUCAACGAGCGGCGUGAGACGAGUAUGCAGUGGACUUCAAUCCUCGUCCCAACCGCUGAGUGGCGUGUAGCGGAGGCGUUUGAGAUUGCGAGAACCUAUCAGACAUGGUUUCUCGCAGCUUUUGAUUCUAGGGAAAAUAAGUGA